AUGCGAGCAGUGUGGUGGGCGUCGUGGACGAUGUUGAGCACCAUGCACGUGUGGAUGCGUUUGGGGCGGAGCUUGAAUACAAUACAGGGCGAGCUCGACGACGACUCCAUCCGGAUCGUGCAUUCAUCCAACGACACAGGGGGUUCAUCCAGCUCUUUAACGAGUGGCAGCUUCAUCACCGUCCCAAACCCCCGAGAUCCCACUCAAAUAUUCAAGUUUCCGUUUACAAGUUGUUAUGACCAAGACUCGACUCAGGAGGAAAUUUAUAGGAACGACGUUGAACCAUUACUCGAUAUCGUCUACAGUGGGGUCACCGUAACCAUCUUUGCCUACGGGGUUACCUCGUCUGGGAAGACAUACACUAUGCAGGGUACGAAGCAGGAGCCUGGUGUCAUUCCUCGAGUCGUCAGAGGGAUAUUUGACAAGAAGAAUAGCCUGAAGCAAUUUCAAACAACUCUAUCCAUUUCUUACAUGGAGAUUUACAAAGACGAUGUUUACGACCUCCUCGUGGACAGAGAAAAUGCUCCCAAAUUACCCGUUCGGGAAAACCAUGCGGGUAUGGUUUUCGUUGCAAACCUGACCAGUUGCCCAAUUUCCAACGUCGCUGAGUUCGACAGCACAUAUAACAAUGCAACCCUUCGUCGUUCUGUUGGUGCUACAAACUUGAAUCGAGCAUCCUCUCGUUCCCAUGCUAUCCUUACAAUCGAAGCCACCAUGGUAGACCCUGUAGCUAACACAACGCUGACUGGCAAGAUCAACCUUGUCGACCUUGCUGGCUCAGAGAACAACAAGCUGACAGGAAACGAUCCAGCUCGAAUGGCCGAAUCGGCUGCUAUCAAUAAAUCUCUGAGUGUCCUCGGCCAGGUUGUCCAUGCUUUGAACCAAGGCGCUUCACGUAUCCCCUAUCGCAACUCGAAGCUUACCAGGCUGCUACAAGACGCCCUUGGUGGAACGUCUGUGGGUCUUUUGAUCUGCAAUCUUGCCCCAGGGAACAAGUUCAGGCAGGAUACCCUCAACACUCUUAACUUUGCGGUUCAUACGAAAAAUGUUGAGAACAGACCCGUUGUCAAUGAGCGUGAAAACCGCCCGGCCCCCAAGCCCCAUUUUGCCGCAGUGUCCAUCCAACCACCAGCAGGAAAGCCCGCGCCAGCAGUCCUCCAGGCUGUCUCAACCACCGGCGCUGGUGCAGGGUCUGGAUCUCUUCGUGGCGCUCGGCCCUCCCUCGUUCCUGUUUCCCGAUCCUCCCAUCGCAUGUCCAACUUUGGCCUGAAUUCGCAAGGUGCAUACCAGCCCUUCGCGCUUCCUGGUGCCGGGCGGCGGCCUGAAAAGGUCCAGGAAGAAAGCGACCGGUCCGGCAGUCUUGGUUUCGGUAUGACAGAGAAAGAGAUCGACGACAGGAUCUCCAAGGCCGUAGAAGCGGCCGUCGAAGCAGAAGUUGCUAGGCGUCUGGCUGAGCGGGAGCGACAGAGGCAGCUUGAAGAGGAAGAGCGUAGCAAGGAGGCUGCUGCUGCUGCGGAGAGCCAAGUGCGAAUAACCAGGUCGCGAUCGCGAUCGCCUAGGAAAGAACUCAGUCUCCCGUCGGGUGUGUUGACACCCCUCCUCCAGCGGCACAAGGAUCUCGAUGAGGAGCUCAAGACCCGUCUCCAGGAACUGGAAAAGAAAUACGAGCGAGGCACGAAGGAGACCGCACUUGCCGACGUACUUUCUCCGGUCUCUAAGAAGAAAACGGGUCGGGCGUACGUCGCGCUGGCACGUGCGCAUUCGGAGAAGGGCGACCUCCGAGUCGCGCUCGACCUAUAUCGCAAGGCCGAGACAUACGUCCCGGACAACGUCAAGCUGAAAGAGAGGAUCAUCGAGAUCGAAUGGGCCGUCAAGAACGACCGGGAGUAUGUGCCCUCGCCCAAGCCUCAACGCAAGGCGAAGAAGUCCAAGAAGUCCAAGGCGAAUCGGGAGAACCCAGAGCGCCGAGAGGAUGCGAUGGCAAUGGACAUCGACGACUGCGGUGCGAUCGUUGGGGGCUCAAAGGACCGCAGUGCUGGAGGCGCUACGGAAUCCGAAUUUGGCAUGGAAGUCACCAACACCGAUGGCCUUAGCAAGAGCCUCAGCAAGCGUUCGUUUGCUGACACAGAAGAACGCGAGAACGGGUUUUCCACGCCGCAGAAGAGGCAGAAGCGUACCGCCUUGGGCACCACGACUCCUGGAGUGCAGGCUGGUUCUGAAGAUGAGAUGGAGCUGCCAACCCCAGCCAGGAAGUCUAGGCGGAAGGCCGUUGUCUAA